AUGAGCAACGCUAAAAAGGCGUGCCCCGUAGCAGAGCAGACGGACAGCGGCGGUAGCCCCGCCAUGACUACUGAUAGCGAGGCCCAAGAGCGUAUGUACUCCACAGGUGGGCUACGCGCGCUUUCCUCUGUAAUGAGCGGUGGCGACAACAAAUAUGAACCUGAGCUGAACGUGCCCGACGUCAGUCACGGCGACGUCCGGGGAGACCGACCUGAAUAUACCGGAGUUCCUGUUGUGGUACAGCGCCCCGGGCUCCCCAAAGAGGCUUUCCUACCUCCGGUGCGCCAAGGCACCCAUGACGCGUACGAGAACGGCUUGAACAGCUCAAAUGAGACUGCUAGAAGGACCUCUGGCCACGUCGGCACCUCCACGCACCUGAAAGGCUCCGUGCGGGAAUACGUGCGCAAGACACUGCAGCUUCAAAGUGAGCAGGGAAUCCGGACCUGCGGCAGGGUGCGGCGACCCCUAUCCUCCAUUCUUGUGAAGGCAGAUGCGGCUGAGCUGCAGCGGGGCGAGGACUCGAAUGGCAACCAGCACUGCGACUCUGAGCUGCGGCGCGGGCUCGGCUGGGACAAGUCAACGGACAACGGGGCCUUCUGGAAGAGAACUAUGUCGAAACAAGAGACUGAUGCAGACUUGCGUUGCUUCACUGCGUACGAGUACAUCUUGGCCUUUUACUACGAUGAGAGCAGGGAGUGCGACGACAGCCUUGAUGUGACCACCCCAGACAGCAGCCAGCGACGAAAGCGCGAGCGUGUGGCGCGCGUGGUGGCAGAGACAACCCCACGCGAGGAGGCGGAGAGGUCAAAGCUAAAGUCAAAAGGGACCAUCUCUGCCCGCACGCGACGGGCGCAGAUGACGUGUGCCACAGUGGAUGAAUUGUAUGAGCAACUGACGAUGUGCUACCGGGCGGCUGGGGUGGAAAAGGCCUAUCUCGAUACGCUCUUCAUGAAGGAGGUGCUGAACGGAAGCCGGCAGCCGCGGGUGCACGAAAUGGAAAAAGACGAUGACCUCGGCGAGAACUUAUCCGCUCCAUCCGAUGGCGAGGCCAUGGAGGCACCGAGGGAAGUGGUGUUCGUUGGAAAACCAAAACGGACGAAGUCGACUGCGUGCAGCAGGCGAUCCGCGAAAUUGUCGAGCCUCUACGAGAUUCUGCUGAACCAGAUGCGGGUGAGGACGACGCCGGCCUUUCUGCACCACAACGCUAUCCCGGUGCCAAUGAUGCGUUUCCUCAAAAAGCGCGGCACCAUCAAGCUGGGCAACUACUCGUACGUGCUUCACCUAUGGGAUGAUGAGGAGAAGGGCUACCUCGUCACCAGCGUCUUCGACCGCAAACCUGGUUUCCCAAAGCAGUUCAAGGACUCCUGUACCUACGCGAUUUAUGGCGUAGAAAUGGGCCACGACUGGGGCACGCGGUUUGGAAAUCUGGUACUGAUGCGGCAGCACUUGGCGCCGGGGGCACGCAAGCACUUCCCCGAGGAGGGCAAGCUGAUUCGCGGGCACACGGUGAUUCGUGCUGCCAGCGUCUUGGACAUCUUUGACGGCCGUGUGUGCGACAUUCCGCUCAGUCUCAGGGAGGUGGAUUACCGGCGCACCGGCAUCCACGCGAGUGUGCAGGCCCUCGCCCAUUAUAACCAUCUCUUCCCCCACUGGGGUCCGCUGCGCAGCAUUAUCCACCCGCAGGACUGUCUCGGCCGUCCGGUGGUGAACCCGGCGGGCGGCAUGUACUGCCUCUCCAUGAUAGUGAAUGGGGCGGUGCGGAUGGUGAAGGUGGACGACCGGGUGCCGGUGGAGCCGGAGAGCGGACUCUUCCGUUGCCUCACGUCCGCCACAUUCGAGCUGUACCCGGCGCUGCUGGAGAAGGGGCUCCUCAAGGCUAACGGAUGCGGUGUCAACCUCGCCCUUAUGGAGAGCGCCGCGGUGCUGUUCCAGCUGUGCGGAUGGAUACCCGAGGUGAUCCGCUUCCGCCGCGCCGGUGGCGUCGAAGAGCCUACCGUGGAUGGCCUGAUGCGGCCAUCCGAAAUGUGGUCGGUGCUGAUGGAGGGCUACAACGUUGGUCGGCUCAUGAUGACUCUCACGGCGCACUGGUGUGCUGGCCGGCUGCCCCUCACCCCAGGGGAGCGAGUGAGGCAGAGCACGCAGCGGUUUGUGACGCCAGUCGUGUAUCCCGUGAUCGACAUGAUCACGCAGCGACUGAGCAGCACCGGGGAGCCUACUAUUCGUGCCAUCAUGCUGCGAGACACGACGAAGGAUCCGUCGACGCGCAUGUUUGAGCCACCAUUCACGACCUCCCUCACGGCGGAGCAGCUGCUCGACCUGGGCUACAUGAACACCCAUCGCGAAGCCGGUAUCUUCUGCGUCACGUGGGAGGAGGCAAUUGCCCAUUUUGAUCACUGCAGCAUCAACUGGAGUCCUUUCACGUACUGGGACCUUCCGAGCGGGUCGGAGCCGCCAGAGGACUGCACACGGCUUUGUUGUCACGGGGUCUAUGACAUGCGUAACGCUGGGCAGCACAUGGUGCGGCAGCCGCAGUUUCACAUCUGCUCCCACCUUGUAGACCGAUGCACGCACUUGUUCCUGGUCUUCUGCCCCCACACAGGUGACCAGCCCCCACUACCGCACGACAUCAACGUACUUGACAGGAGAGCUGUGGACGAGUUCUCUGGCGGUGAGGCAGUCGUGCGGUUGCGCGUGUACGAGAUAACGACGCUACCGUCGCUGAUGCGGUGCACGAUGCGCGACCGUCGCGGUCGUCGGGUGUCGUGCUGCUUCGGAGACUGCCAAGGGCGGCGUAUCGUCAGCGAAACGGAGGGGCCGCGCGGGCUGCAGCCACUGGCAGUCGCACAGGGUAACCGCAGCGAGUUCAUCACACUCGGUUUCGACUGCCUGCCUGGCACGCGAGAGUACGUGGUCGUUAUGGACGUGCACGACCGCCACUGGUCGCCCAGUUGCAAGGGCGCGUUCCCGUACACCUUAACUCUUUUCACCUGCCUUGACCCGCUGCUGGAGCGCAAUCCAAACAAAUUCCCUAUCUCCGCCAUACACGCGCAGCACGCCACACUGGAGCAGGCGAAGCAGGCGGCGAUGGGCGGCGGCUUCUCAACCCUAGAAGUGAGCUCAGCAGAGCUGAACGUGAGCGAUAUCCUCGAGGAGGAGGCACAACGCAAGCCACCGGAACGGACGAUCACGAUGCACGACAUCCCAGAGCACCCCAACAUUCACUCCCACACGGUGCAGGGGAUGUGGUCCCUGCCCGAGUCGCGCGCACGAAUAGCGCUGCUACAACAUGAUGCCAUACAUGAGCUCUUGUACACGGGAACGCAGUACUACUUCCAUCUUGGCACUCCAGAGCACUUCUCCUUGCGCAUGUGCCAGUCGAAGAGGAUUGGGCCCGCGCGCUCCACGGUUGAGAUGAAAGUACUCUUGGUGCGGCGAGCAAGCAGAGAUGACGUGGACACGAAAGCGAAGGACCCGCUGGUCGAGCGCAACGUGCGAACCUGCGGCGGCGCGGUGGCGAAAGGGAACAAGGCGUAUGUGCCACACUCUGUGCAGGGGAACAUUAUGAAGGGCAGCAACAUCGUGCUCUGCAGCGGCCCCUGGUCCCUGGACGGUGCGGUGAUCGACAGCGUAUCGCCGCACACGGUGCUACUGGAUCGCGACGGCAUCCUUGUACGGCACCCGCGGCGUCUACGGCAGUUCUACCACACUUCCUUUAACGUCGCCCUUUCUGACCGCGAAAACAAGGACAAGUCAAACAUGAACUUCUUCCUCAUAUCUCGUCCAAACCCCAACGAUCAAAUGCGCGGCGUCAUUCUGCAGGCGUUUGCGGACGGUUUUUUGAUCUCACCGCACGCGUGCAACAUCGGCAUCAAAGGCAACCUCAUCCCACACGACACGGAGGUGCGCGCCGUUCUCACGUCCUCGAACUUCUGCUACGAGGUGCACAGCGAUGAGGGCCACGCCGUACCCUUCACUGAAGAGAGCGCGCUGCGAUCGCUGGCGACGCCGGUGCCGCAGCUCGACCUAUUCAUCGAUGUGGACCUGCAGAACACGGCCCCGGCGAAGAGCACCUCGUUCUCACCCGAGUCCAACGCUGGCCACGCGACUAAUCGGCUGCGCGCCGUCGUGCGUACCGCACUGACGUCGAGCCCAGCACAGCGACUGCGACUGCUGCGCACCAUCUUCUGCACUAUGAUGUUUAUCCGCCGUAAUGUCACCAAUGAAAAUCACCGCGCAUUUCUGAUGGGGCUGGGUGGCUCCAUUGAGGCGUGGGUUCGAUGGCACCAGAGCCUGGAGUCGCCGGGGGCGCAGCCGCCGGUGCUGUCCCUGCCGCCGCUGCCGGAGGGGGACUACAUCAUCAUCCCUUGCUUUAAUCCCGUAUCCGACGGUGCGGCGGCGAAGCCAGAAAAGAAGCGUGGCGUUGUGACGGAGGACCAAAGCAUGACGGACUUUGACAUCACCCUCAGCGUACCAGGGAGAGUCGUGGAGCUGAUUCCGACGAGAGAUUCAGCUGACGGAAGGAGCAGCACGCAAGUAGGGCGGGUACAGAUGCAUUGCGAGCAGUCUAUUGCAAGCACCGAGCGCGUGAGUCACGACGCCGCCAUGAGGCGGUUUGGGUGUACCUUCUUUUCGGGGUGGAUGUUUGGCGAAAAUAGGUGUAAAAGGCGUGUGUAA